AUGACGACAGCUGCAGGAUUCGAACCUGCGCGGGCAAAGCCCAAAAGAUUUCUAAUCUUUCUCCUUAACCACUCGGACAAGCUGCCUAAUCCUGAGAUUAAUUAA